CGUCUCUCUCUCUCUCUCUCUCUCUCUCUCUCUCUCUCUCUCUCUCUCUCUCUCUCUCUCUCUCUCUCUCUCCGCACACACACACACACACACAUGCCGGGCGUCUCCUUGCUUGCCCGCUCUCUCUAUCUCUCCCUCACUCUCUACCAUUCUCUUGCGACCUUGGGCGGAACGGACGUUCCCUCUUCCUAUGCCAAGCCAAUCGUAAUCGUACGUGCGUCUCCAUCGCCAUCAGACACCGGUGGUUCCUGGGGGUCCAUGGUGGCUGGGGUGAUGUCUUUUGCUUGAAUUUUGAUGAUUCGUUGUGAAUUAUAACCAGCAAGCUUGUUGUAAUCAGAGCUGGCGGCACCGCGUUGCAGUCACCUGGCAGCCUUCUUUUGCGGGAUAGUGGAGGGGGGGGGGUGAUGUACUGUAGGAGGAGUUGCUUUCCUUAUCUGAGUGCGUAGGUUUAGCUCAGUCUGAGGCUGUGCGUUUGCGGUUGGCGUUCGAAUCUGAGACGUCAUGGAGAUGAUGGCUACGUAUGCUGCUGGCAUCAUCCUUCCUGCGAGCGCUUCGUGUGCUGCAGUCCCGGUCGCUUGUGGAGGAAUCCCGGCAGCCAGAGCGACGUUUCGCGAAAUUCCUCAUCACGAUCGCCCCGAAUGCGCUCCAUCAACUGCUGCACUCCUCCUUGGGAAUCGCCUUCGCCGCACCUAUCUAGAGCGCAGGGAACAUCUCCCUGCAGCUUCGGCACCAUUGGUAAGCACACGCCACUCCCUUACCCUCAACGUAGGAGUAGGAGGAGGAGGAGGAGGAGAAGGAGAGGGAGAGGAUGGCUACAGCUACUCAAACGGAGGUCGCGCCAGGCUUUUCUCGAGAGGAGGAGCUCCUAGGCGUCGUCGUCGUCAUUUCACCGAAGGCUGCUUCCCUCCGUGUGUCUCCGCGCCCUUGUUUCCGUCUCCGUGCCAUCUUGUUGGGCCUCGGCGCAGCCAUUGCUCCGUUUGGAAGGGAUCUGAUGCGCAACCUGUGGUAUCAGUGGCGUCGAACCCUCGCUCUGUGCCUACCAUGUCGUCUUCCUUGUUGCAUGAGUCAGGGAAAACGAGCCGACGUGGAGCGAUGAUCGGGGGGGAAGCUCUCGACAGCAGCAACAGAUUAACGAGCCACAGCUUCGGGGAUAAUCAAGGCGAUUCCUGUGAAAGUCCUGCUUCAAGGUGCGGUCUAGAACGCAAGAACUCGCUCCAAUUCGUGUUUUCUCGGUGUUUUUCUUUCAGCCGCAGCGAUGGCAGCCGCUGCUCCUUUUCGUCUUCGUUUCGGACAUCGUCGCUGGAUCCGGCCCCGCCGUUGUAUUCGCAUCGUCGGCGAUCGUUCUCACGGCGGCCGACGUUCGUCCGCGAAGCGGCGGUUAGCAGGCAAAUGCCAUCUCUGGAGGAAGAGCUCAGGACGGAAGAGGAGAGUGCGCAAGUGUUGUCUUCUGAAACGUACGAGAUUGCCGAUGGGUGGAACCUCCACGUGGAGGCUCGCCGCAGCCCGGGGGGUCGUUAUGUCGUGACUGUCAGCCAGGGCGAGGAGGAGGGUGUCAUCCUGCACUGGGCGGCGAACGACUGGCAGCUGCCGCCUCAGGAAAUGUGGACUGAGGACAGUCAUCAGGCGGAUCGGGAUGCAGUGCAGACUCCGUUUCGCAGGAACGACGGUGAUCAGGGUGCAUCCUGGCAGGUGAGACUAAGCGUGGAGGAGGCGCUCGCUCCUCAACGGCUAGUUUUUGUCCUGAAGAAAGGCGAGAAAUGGUACAACAACGGCACGUUCUUUACGGUUGAUCUGAAGCCGAUUGGUUUAGAGCAACUCGUUGACAAAGUGAUAGCCGCAGAGAGCACCUACUCCAACUGGGGUCUGUUCAAUCGCUUCAUACUGGCGAUGGAGGUGCUGGACGGAGCUGAAAGCGCUGGGGAGGAUGGGAUGGGCUUCGUCUUCACCUGGCUGCGGCUCUCAGCCAACCGUCUGCUAGACUGGUACAGGAAUUCUAAUUACCAGACGAAGGACAUUGCUCACGUUCAGAAGGUGAUGACGACGCGGAUGAUGAUGAAAGCGCGAGCGUCUGCUGAUCCCGGCGUCAGACGGUUCGCGAGAAUGGCAAUGGCCACGCUUCCGCGCGGAGGCGGCGACUCGGAGCAGAUUCGCAUGGGGAUCUUGCACAUCAUGCGCGCGCACGGCAUUCGCGAGGGCCACAGGCCGGGGCUGCAUGAACCCUUCUUGGAGCAGUGGCACCAGAAAUUGCACACCAAUACCAGUCCCGAAGACAUAACCAUUUGCGAGGCCUACCUUCAUUUUCUCCAUACGGGGUCCAUUGACGAGUUCUACAGUGCCUUGUGGAACAAAGGGGGUAUUUCCAGGGAAUGGCUGCGGUCCAUGGACCAUCCUAUCAGGUCCGACCCAGUUCACCUUCCGCAUCUCAUUCAGCCCUUCCAGCAUUUCUUGUGGGUUCUGAAGACUGUGCAUGCGGGUGCCGAUCUAGACGUAAUGGUGGAGAUGAGCAAAGGCUUUUUGGAUGACGAUCUCAAGCACACUCUGUAUAGCAUAUUGGCUGAUCGUGAUGCCUGGUGGGUACCCGGGAAGAUCGUGGAGGCUCGUAAGAAGCUGGAAUCCGUCUGGCGGAGCGACUGGUCAAGUAGAGAUGUGUUGUUGUUGGACAUUGCCCUUGAGGGGUACUUCAGCUUGCAUAUGUCUCGGAUCGACAAGUCAAGCUUGUCAGGUGAUGACCUUUGUGAACUCAUUGCCCUCGUGCUGGAAAAUGGGUGCAUUGCAGCCGAGAGCAGCGAAAUCGGUCACUGCUAUAACUAUUGGGUGAAGGUUAAGAGCCAGCAUGGCAGGUGGUCCAAGGAGUGGGCCAUGCUCGCAUUGGCUGCAGUCAACAGACUCUCACUGGGUCUGCAGGCCUUCAUGGAUCAGAUACACAAUUGUGUUCAGCCUCAUGCGGAGCGGUUUGGCCUGGCGUGCAACAUACAGCAGUCUUACGUCACAAACUUUGGCGAAGAGGUGGUGAGAGGGCAUCCCUUGUUCCAGCUGUCCAUCAUGUUGCAAAGACUGGAGCCCAUGUUGAGGAGCACAGCCGGCCUCUCCAGUUGGCAGGUAAUCAGCCAAGCGAGUGCACAGGGUGUUGUCAUGGUUCUUCCGUCGCUCGCAUCUGUGCAAGGGGAGGUUUAUGACACGCCUCAAAUUGCUGUCAUCAAGGAUCUAGGAGGGAUGGAGGACAUUCCUAUUGGGGUAGUAGGAGUUCUCACGUCCUCCACAACGGAUGUACUCAGUCAUGUGGCCAUCCGAGCUCGCAAUUCCAAGGUAUUGCUGGCAACGUGCUUCGAUGCUGAUGAGUUUGCGUCCAUCUGUCAGAUGCAAGGGAAACCAGUGCUGGCAUCUGGAGAUUCCUCAGGGAAGGUCAAGGUAACGGAGAAAGAAGAUGUGGCCUUGGGGACAGCGGACGUCAUGGAAUCGAGUGGCAAUCAAUCACCUGCCAGCCGUCAGCUAGAGGUCCCGGCAGUUUCGAAAUCGCAGGCCUGGGCAAUCACAGAAGAGAAGUUCUCUUCAGGAGUUGUUGGCCAUAAAGCAGGCAACAUUGCAAAGGUCAGGUCAAGAGUUCCAGCUAGGAUAAAGCUUCCACCAUCUGCUGCCCUUCCUUUCGGGACCUUUGAGCGUGUGCUGGCAGACCCUGUGAAUGCUGAAGUGGCAGCACGGGUAAGCCACAAACUGGAGGAGGUUGAGACCCGUCGACGCAAAUCAUCAGCAUUGCCAGCAGAGCAGCUCGAAGACGUGCGCAAACUUGUUGAAACGAGGUUGCUGGCCCCAAUCGGGCUGCGAGAGGAGCUCGCACAUGCUGUUGUGGGUGCCGGGCUGCAGGUCAGUGAAGAUAGAGCCUCCAGUGCCAACGGAGCCUGGGACAGCAUGUGGCGUGCAAUCUGCAAGGUCUGGGGCAGUAAGUGGACAAGCCGGGCCUGGCUGGCCCGCCGCGCUAGAGGAUUUCCAGACAAGGACUUGUACAUGGGUUGCCUGCUGCAGAAAGUGAUCCCAGCAGAGUAUGCAUUUGUCAUCCACACCAUAGAUCCAACAACCAAGGAUGCGAAUCUCAUGUUUUGCGAGGUGGUGCCAGGGUUGGGAGAAGCAUUGGUGGGCAAUUACCCUGGUUGUGCUCUGAGUUUCACAGCAGACAAGCGUUCGGGGUCAUGUCAUAUAUUGUCACUCCCUUCCAAGCGAUUUGCCUUCUUUGCGAUGGAGGAAUCACUGAUUGUGAGGUCUGACUCAAAUGGAGAAGAUCUUGAGGACUUCGCUGGGGCUGGGUUGUAUGAAAGUGAGAUUGUCAAACCUCCUCAGAUGCAAGCUAUUGACUAUGUGGAUGAGAGACUCAUUUGGGAUCCCCAGUUCCGCGAUGAGAUCACCCGUGGGAUUGCACAGGUUGGGAAAGAGAUGGAGAAUGCCAUGGGAGGCACCCCACAGGACAUUGAAGGAGUCUUUUGCAACGGAGAGUGGACAGUUGUCCAAGUCAGGCCACAAGUGUUUUAAUAAUGCCAUGGAUGGUAGGAAGGAUAGACUAGGGAGAGGAUUGAGGGCUGGAGUUGUUGGGGGGGGGGGGGGGGGGGGGGGGGGGGGGGGGGGGGGGGGGGGGGGGGGGGGGGGGGGGGGGGGGGGGGGGGGGGGAGAGAGAGAGAGAGAGCUGUCUCUUAUACACAUCUAGAUGUGUAUAAGAGACAGAAAGAACAGCACUGGCCUUCUACGCAAGGCCAAACGAAAAUCACGGCGAAACCACUAAGUAACUGUUUCUAUUUUCUAAUAACGGUUUCAAAGAGAAAACAGAAAGAUCAGGUCCGACGUGCCGUCUUAGCAUUGGAGUUCGUCCUUAUAGCCACACCGCCUCCGUCAGCAGGGGCAUCUCCGAACUGUCUCAGCUCUCUUCCUCAAGCGAGCCGGGACAAGCUUCUCCUCUUUCGUCCUAGGACAAUUGCACGGUGACGUCUCUCUCUCUCUCUCUCUCUCUCUCUCNGAGAGAGAGAGAGAGAGAGAGAGAGAGAGAGAGAGAGAGAGAGAGAGAGAGAGAGAGAGAGAGAGAGAGAGAGGUUUCGUGCAUGCAUACGGAGUCCAGGGUCCAGAUUUAAUGGCAAAACUUCUACGCAUGUAAAGCAGAAGCUUGCUGAGUAGACCAUGUGAUGAGUCAUAUGAGUCACAUGAGUGGAGGAAGCAUUAGAAAUGGAUUGGGAUUGUGGGGUUCUUGAGUGAUGGUAUUUUCCUGGUUGGUUUCUAUUUGGAGCGGCCAGCUGUAGCAUGGUGAGGGGUAGAGUACGUGAAAACAAAAGCUGAGGGGUAGAAUUGAAAAUCUAUGAAAUCUACGAAUUGUGCUAUCUUUUAGCUACGUGCUACCUUUUUCAAGGCAUCUACGAAGUCUUGAGUUGGUGAAAACAAAAGAGGGACGGAGGUGGCUGGAAUUAGUGUGGUAUGAGUGGCAGCUUUGCUCGGGCGGAGAGGCAACUCGAGAAAAUUUGAAGGGAUUGGGAGAUUUGUGGGAACUCAUGGCCCAUGGUUGGGUAUGUGGUGAAAAGCAGAAGAGGGACUGUAUUGGAUGGUUUUCCCUCAUCCUUCAAUUUUAUGAUGUUCAGUUGUUUUAGGAAUGUGCGUUUUUUUUAUUUUAUUUUUAACUUUGACAGGGGGUUUAUUGGGGCGGUAAGAGCAAUCCCCCACGUAGUCUAGCACCCCUCAUCAUUGGCUUAAGUUUUUAUCUAUUGGUGGGGAGUGUCACCUGCUGGAAACCGGGGCCGGUGUCCCAUCAUACAGAGUUCAUGUUGAUAUUCUUUCCAGACUUAGAAUCUGACUCAGCAACGAUACUGCAAAAGAAAAGCCUGAGAAAUGAUACCUGGCUGGCUACACCAGCCCUGCCUGGCCUCUUCAUCCCUACCCCUGGGACGCCUGAUAAAACUUGCUCUCCUAGCCUCGUGGAAGGUUGGGGCAUCAUUCCUUUCUGUACCAUUGUAGUCCAACAAGAGAGAGGAGGUUGUGUGGGAUAAAGGGGUCAGGAAAUC